ACAAUCAAUCAAGAACUCGAAUAACGUAGACAUCCGUUGAGUUCUGGAAAAAGGCAACUCCACGACGAGAUAGCUACAAGUCUCCGAUUGAUUUGUGUUUCUCUGUAAGAAGAAGCCACCGACUCCACGUGCGCAGGAGAUGAAGAAAGGCGGCGGGUGCCUCUGCCUCGGCCUCGGCUCGCCGAUGCGCGCGCUGUCGCGGGCGUGCAACUCGGCCUGCGACCUCUACGUCCGCGGCAUCUCCGGGUGCGCGAGCCACAUGCCGACGGGAGCCGUCGCGGGCGGCCGCGGCCCCGGCUUCGGCAGGUCGGCCACGGCCAUGUACGUGCGGGCGAGCUCGGACCGCGCCGACGACCUCGUCCGCGCCUCUUCGAAACAGCGGCGCCGCGUCGCGCCCGAGCCGGCGGCAGCGACGAAGGUUAGCGUUGGCCAGGAGCCGGCGGCGGCAGUCCAGCUGAGGAGGAAGGGCGCGGCGAUGGAGACCAUCGCCGAGGAUGCGCCGUGCGAGUUCGGCGCCUGCACGCUCAUGCGGCCGGCGCAGAGGAGGCGCGGCGCGGCGGCGGGUAGGCUCGCCGCGCGUAGCGGUGGCUUUGGAGCCAUCAAGGUGGGGAGCGAGGCCUUGCCGCGCCACGCGUGACGCAUGCAUUUGUGUGUGCAACAUGCCCGGUAGCAGUUGUGUAUAAAACUAGCUUAGAUCAAUUCAACCGGUUCUCUCUUUGUUUCUAGAGCCCAAACUAUACCUUUGCAAUCAACAGCAAGGGUAGCUCGCCUACCUCCUCUUCAAGUACGGAAAUGCAACGGUGCAUUUUUUUUUUUUUGAAACUUAAAUGCAACGGUGCAUUUGAAAUGUGGCGAACGUUAUAUCCCCACCGUUU